AUGGAGAAAUCGCUGGCAGAGAAGUUGUUCCUCGAAAAGAUGGCCAUCCUGAAUCGCACAUUCGUGCAUUUCAUCGAAUGCUCAGUCAAGGAAAUGCCGGACGCCGAUUUGGUAUGCUGCUUUUAG